AAGUUAGUAAUUGGGCCGAGGGUCUUCCUUUUCCUGCUAGUAAUCUGCGAGUUGUUAAUGGCUGCAGAAGAGAUUUCAUUUUAUCUUCAAAGAAAGCAACAAAUGUUUCACCGUAGAUUUCCAUAAUAGUUUUUUGCACCCCCAUUGUUCAACCAAUCCAUGGAAACUGCCUCAGUGCUGUUGCAGUCGAGAACAAUCCCUUUCGGCUUCAACUUGAAAUGUAACCAAAUUGUUUCUUGCAGGCAUUUCAACAAACAAUUUCAAAGCAAGGGUUUUUAUUCCCAUCAGAGCCUCAAACUCAUCCAGAACCCAUCAAGCUUCAGUCUCUUACCAUCACCACUUCAUAAAACAAGAACCCAGUUUUUUUCGCCUCUCAAAUGCUCAUUUUCCGACAUUCCUAGCUCAGAUUCUCAAAACCCUUUGCUUAAACCCUUCAAAAACCUCUCUUUCGAUUCAGUCAAAUCAAGUCUUUCUGAGUUAACGCCUAUAAAGAUUGUGAAAUGGGCUACUACUGUUUCCCUUGGAAUUGCAGCUACCAAAUGGACUGUAAAAUUGGCUUUCAGCCCUUUCUUUUGGAUGUACUUUAGCUGGAGUUGGUUGUUCUGGCCAUGGUUUGUAGCCAUAGCCCUUGCUGUUUAUGGUUUGUAUUGUUUCCGAAAACAUUCGAUUGGUGAAGCAAGCAUUGUGGAGCAACUUGCAAUUGUCACUUCAGUGUUCGCUUGGCUAACUCUAGUACCCCCUGCUUAUUUCAAUGGCUAUCUUGAAGGUUGGCCCUUUGUCUUCUUCUUUGUCUACCACUAUUUCUUUUUCUUCAACGUCAGUGUUAGAAAACGACUGUACGGGGAUUAUUAUGCCCGUCCACAUGAUCCUAAGUGGGAUGUGAACCCACCCAAAUGGUAUCGCCUUUUGUUCUGUGUUGGAGUCAUGGUAGGGCACUGGCUUGCUGCAUUUGAAGCACCGGAGCUUCAUCGGAUCCCAGGAGGUUGGAGCAAUGUUGGAGUGUGGAUAUUGAUUGUGGUAACUCUUUUGAUGCAAUAUAAUUCAACAUUGUAUCUUGCAAAGUAUUCAGAGAAGGUUGUGGUGCCAACUGCUGUUGUCCAAUUUGGGCCAUACAGAUGGGUACGGCAUCCAGUAUAUGCAUCUACAAUGCUUUUAUUUGCAACUUAUUGCCUUGCACUUAGAGCACCUCUGAGCUUGAUGUUCGUUGUAGCAGUUUGUUUGAUGUAUUAUGAACAGAAAGCAAAACUUGAGGAGGUUUUAAUGGUAGAGACUUUUGGAGAGAGUUAUUUGGAGUAUGCGAGUAAAGUUAGGUGCAAAUUCAUACCUUUUGUGUACUAGCGGCAAACAGGUAUGCAAUGUAAUGAAAUUAUUGAACUAUUUAAGCUUUGGACUUAGGUAAGUGCUAAUGCUUUUACUGAAAUUUUUGUUGCUUUUUCAUUGAUUUUCA